AUGGCGGACGGUGCGGGCCAGCAGCCCGACGAGCCGGCGGCGUCGCCCGCUCACGAGGCCGGCUCGCCGCCGGCGCGCGACGACGAAGAGCUGCUCGACGUGGUGAGCACGGCAUCGCUGGACGGCGCUGACUUCUCCGAGGACGAAGAGUACUUUCGCCCCAUCAAGCGGCUCUGCAUGCUCGAGGCACCGGCGAACCCGUCGCCCAAGCCGCUCACCUCCUUCUUCAUCAAGGACAUCCUGAGCCACACCGCGCGCCGUGCGUCCGGCAUUGUGCGGCCCUGGGACCUCGAGUCGGCGAGCCCCGGCCGCCGACGGCCGCGCUCGACCGACGAGGACUCGCGCUCCGAGAGCGACUCCGCCGACAGCCCGGCGGCGCCGCAGCAGCACAGCUCCACGUCGCCGCUGGAUGCACUCUUCGAGAUGACGAGCAAGGCCUUCGAGGGGCUCGAGUCCGGAGACCGGUUGGAUUCCUCCAGGGAGAACGGCGGCUCUUUCAACGGUCGGCAGCCAGUAAAGAAGAAGCGGAAGUCGCGAACGGCGUUCACCAACCACCAGAUCUUCGAGCUGGAGAAAAGGUUCCUCUACCAAAAAUACCUGUCACCCGCCGAUAGGGACGAGAUCGCGCAGUCGCUGGGGCUCACAAACGCCCAAGUGAUCACAUGGUUCCAGAACCGGCGCGCGAAGCUCAAGCGGGAUAUGGAAGAGCUCAAAAAGGACAUGGAUGCUGCCAAGAUCCACACCAUUCACAAGACCCUACUGGACAACAUACAAGAUCUCAGCAGUUUCAAGAAGGACAUCCACAAGGCUGCGAGCGGACCGUGAGCCCCUGACGCCACGAUCUUCUCGGAAAGUCCAAAAAAAGUUCUCGCAAGAACUGUCGAUACCUUCUAUGGGUUCCAUGUGCAGAGACAGCCUUUCUACGGGUAACUCGUCGGACAGUGCGUUGGCGACGCCGCCGUCGCCACUGCUUUGCCAUCUUGUGCUAUGGUCCGCUUCUUCGCGGCGGGCCGCAAGGUGCACACGACAACACACACGCAUGCUACA